AUGGUCAGUCCAAAAACUGCGCAGCCAGAUAACAAUCUCGCUGGUUCCAGCGUCAGCAAUGUCAAUUUGAUCAAGCCUUCUAGUACGAGAUUAAAAACAACUGAAUCGGAAACUAACGGGCAGAUUACCAUUCGAUCACCUGUAACAGCAUCGCCGAGAGAAAUCUUGAUUAAUAAUGAGGAAACUGAAAAGGUUUCCCAAGAAAAUGACCCUCCCAAGAAAAUAUCACCUUCUCCUGCGCCAAUACCACCUGUAAAUAUUUGGCAUGUAAGAAAGGAAGCCAUGAACGCAAAAAAGGUUACUGAAACUUCCAACCUUAACGAUAAAGAAGCUGUGACCGAUAUCAAAAAAACCGAAAAUCUUAAUAUUGAUCAACAAGAACCUUCAGAUGAUUACAAAAGAUUCACUAAAAAAGAAUCAAAGAAACAAAAACCACCUCCAAUAUUACCUCCACUAGAAGAUCAAAGUAUUUGGCCAGCUCCUGCGGAAGUUUUGAUCAAAGAUAAAGAAAAGGAACAAACUGAAACUUCCGAAAAGAAGCAAUCCAUUGAUAUCGGGACAAAAGAUAGUCCAAGAAGAGGUAAAGGUAAAUGGAUUAAGUAUACUCCAAUAAUCACACAUAAUGCACCAUUACCAAGUCAUGAGAGGUCAAAACCUCGGCGCCGUAGUGAAGAUCAUACCGGUCUUCGUGAACGUAAAUCUAGCGAAAAAGUCAUAAAUUCUGAAGUGACAACUCCAACGGUGCAAAAUCAUAAUCAUAAUACAAAUAGACGUCGCGCAAGUGUACCUCCACCAUCUAGAGAAUAUGGUCGUCGUUAUUCACAACAUGGUGACAAUAAUGUCGGUCAUCAUUCACAUUCUAAUAGUGGACCGCCGUUUCGUGGGGGUCGUAGGGGAGGAAGAGAAGGCUAUGUACCAAUUUCUUUAUUAGCAGGAUUUAAUAGGGUGAAAGCUUUAACAAUGGACAUUGAACUUGUCCGUGAGUACAAAAUGGGUGAACAUGAUCAUGGGCACACUAAUAACGUACAAACAAUGUCAGAAUCUACCAGUCAACACUAUGAGGCCCACAUGAAUGAAAGCAUUCCUCUAAUAGAUGAAGAUGAAAACAAAGAAAAUGAGGAAAUGCCUACAAUUCCUGAGGGUCUCUCUGAAAAUGGUUCUUCUGCCAUGACAAAUCCAUGGAUUCUUCAUACUAAAAAACGUCGUACAUUAUCGUCACCAACAUCUCCUAAAGUGACUCCAAAAUCAUCUCGUGACAUUCCAAAACCAACUUCAACUGGUGAUGAUGAACUUUUCCAACUUGAUGAAGAUUGGGCUGGUGCGAGCCUAUCACUCUCACCUUUAAAUCAUACUAACGGCACGCCAAAUAAUUGCACGGAACAACUAUCUUCAUCCGUUGAUAUUGCACGAUCAUUUCCAGUUUUUCAACAUCCCAGUCACGAACUCUUGCGCGAAAAUGGGUUUAUUCAACAUAAAUAUUAUAAAUAUCAUGCUAAAGCUUUGAAAGUUGAAGAUGCAAACUCUAAUUAUCGUUAUGGUCUUGAAUGUUUAUUCCGAUUUUACUCUUAUGGUCUUGAGAAAAAAUAUCGGCAAGAUCUAUUUGAUGAUUUUCAGGAAUUAACUUUGUCAGACUGCGAAAACGGGCAUCUUUACGGACUUGAGAAGUUUUGGGCUUACUUGUUUUAUAGGAAAGACAAGAAUAAGAGAACAGUGGAAGUAUGCGAGAAGCUUAAUAAAUAUUUAGACAAAUAUCAGAAUAUUGAUGACUUUAAAAGUGCUUAUAAGACCGAGCGGGCUCAAUUGACAAAUAAUAAUUGCGCGACUUCACAUCAUAGUCAUCGUGCUUCACCAGCCUCACCUUUAACACCUUAUUCUGUUAUUUCGGCUGAUAACUUUCCUCCAUUAGCU